CCCGUCGUCCUCUGUUCCUCCUCGUUACGGUUUUGUAUUUUAGCGUGCAUUUGAACACGAUCUAGGUGUAAGUACUGGGUAUAGUCGCUGCAGUCAAACGCUUGACCGAAGAAGGGUCCACGCAACUGUCUAUGCACGGACGCCUGUACCAAGUCCCGCUAUCUUAGACGAAUAUCGUCUCCAAUCAUUUCCUUGCUCACCAUGGCCUCGGGACCAUCUAGAGGAAGAUCAGAUCCCUUGGACAGCAUGCCACCGGAGGCCAAGGCCGCUAUGGAAAAAGUCAUCUCGUCGUACAAGGGAGACAGGCUCGACCCGUCCGCCUUCUGGGAUCAUAUGAUGGAACAGGACCCAGAAGACUUGCGGCCCGUCGCGUCGGCCCUUCACGAUAUGAAACCGUCCGACGGCCAACUCGCUGCCUUCGAUUACACGGAGGCUCCCAUGCGGAAGAACUCCCACUGGGUCAUGCAACUCGUACCCAUGGCGUACCAAGGCAAAGACGCGAAGGACCGUCGCUCCGAGCCCUUCCCGGGAAGCACGCCCAUAUUCGAUAUCAGCAUCAACGACGACAGAUUCAGCUUCAUCCUGCGAGAGACAAUCCCACCAGGUAGAGCCGUGUCGUCUGACUUGCUGCUCAGGUACCUCAAACGGGCGAUCGCCUUCCCUGUGCCACCGAAAACACCUUCUAUCCCUCAUGAGCUAUGGAUCGGUCGUGAUCUCAGCCCCCACAUAGACGCGCUGCUCCCCUUCCUGGACAGCCUUCCAUCGCCGUUCACCUGGCGUUUGCAGCCGCUCGACCAAGUGCACGGGGAUGUUCCGGUAGAUCCCAACGUCGUCGAGAGCAGCAUCGCAAAGGCGAUCCAGCGCGCAGAUGAGGAGAAGCGGCUCGGCAAUGCGGCCUUCGGGCGUAAGGAGAAGAUCGCUGCCCUAGACCACUAUACCAAGGCGCACGGGCUUCUCGCGGACGCUGCGUUUCGGACGCUCGAACGCGAAGAAAAGCGACAGCUCACUCGCUCGUUGGCCGUUUGUCAUGCAAACCGGGCGGCAGCGUGGCUGAUAGAAGGCACGAGCCAGGACGCACAGAAUGCUUUGAGAGACGCGAAGCAGGCUCUCGACUUUGACUGUGACUAUGGAAAGGCAUACUACCGUCAGGCGAAGGCAUACCUCCUCAUGGAUGCUCGCGAGAAGUCGAUCAAUGUGCUCACAAAGGCACUCAAAAGACCAAAGCUCUCAUCCGACCAGGGCUUGGUCGAAGGCUUGGUCGAGGCUUAUGGAGGAUUCCCCGAAACACCGGAUGAGCUGCGCUCGUUCUGUCAUCGAGUGUUCAUCGACAAGUACGGCGAUCGUCGUGCACGCGGCGUUGAAGGGUUCGUGCGUAGGGCAGACGCACACGUCAAGAAGGUUCUGGGGCCAAACUUCUCCGCCACUACGGUCUAAUCCGCAUUACCUCCCUCUUUAUGUAAGGAUCGAUGAUUGACACCACUUCUGUACCACUAUAGCAAAACAAUGCUGGUUCUGCGACAGGCGACUUAUAAGGUGACUGGAAUGUCGAUGUGAAUGCAUUCGCUGAGC